UUUCCAAGGUCGCAGAGACACACUAUAUAAAGUAAAGGCAGGAUAGAGAGAGACAAGCCGUCAGGAUGAUGCAGAAGCUCGCUGUUUUGUUGGUCUGCCUCUCUGUUGCAAGUGGCAACCCCGCCGCCGGGAAGCCAUGGCACUGGAAGUCCCGCAUGCCGAUAGUAGAUGCUAACGGCUCCUUCAAGCCCUCUGGCCGCAUCGUGGGCGGCACGGAGGCGGUGGCCCAUUCAUGGCCCCACCAGGUGGCUCUCUUCAUCGAUAACAUGUACUUCUGCGGCGGCUCCCUCAUCUCCAACGAGUGGGUGCUGACUGCUGCUCACUGCACCGAUGGUGCAAGAAGCAUCGAAGUCGUGAUGGGUGCUCACAACAUCAGGUUGGAAGAAGCGUCACAAGUCUCCGUUCACACAUCUGACUAUCUCGUGCACGAGGGAUGGAACCCCUCGACACUCAGCAACGACGUCUCCGUGAUCAGGCUGCCAAGCCCCGUCACAUUCAACACAAAUAUCAACAAGGUAGCGCUGCCCAGAAACGACGUGUAUGUUGGCGAUACAGUCACUCCCACCGGCUGGGGAAAGAACGCCGACUCUGCUGGAGGAAUCACUGACAAGCUGAGGCAAGUGAACAGCAAGAUCAUCUCUGUUUCCGACUGUAAGAACGUGUACGGUUCCAUCAUUGAUCAAAGGAUUGUCUGCACCUCAACCACCGGCGGCAAGGGUACCUGCAACGGUGAUUCUGGUGGACCACUGAACAAGGAUGGGAAGACCUAUGGCAUCACUUCUUUCGUGGCUUCUGCAGGCUGUGAAUCAGGCCUGCCCGACGGCUUCACUCGUAUUGUCGAAUUCCUCGACUGGAUCGCAGAAAAGACUGGUGUUGUGCCUCAGUAACACUCACCAACAGUCUUAGUUUUUCACUCAAUUUUCUUUACCUAACUCUUCUACAUUUCACACUAUUAAUUAUUCAUUCCUUUGUCAUUUUUGUCAGUAAAUGGCUUUUACUACUUAAUAAAAUUAUACAAUAGACUAAA